AUGCAGGCACAGCGCGCGGUAGACAAAGAAAACAUCGAAUGCGAAUCAGGGCCAAUGCCGAUUCAAAGACUUAAAGAUUUCGGACUCAACCAAUCUGAUAUCACAAAGCUUCAAGAGGCAGGCUUCCAAACAAUAGAAUCAGUUGCUUAUUCAACAAGAAAAGUUCUUUUAUCUGUCAAAGGAAUUUCUGAAGCAAAAGCCGACAAAAUCAAUGAUGCAGUCCGAAAACUAUUACCAAUGGGCUUUAUGUCAGCGACUGAUCAAUAUGAAAUACGUAAAAACUUAAUUUAUAUCACGACUGGCAGUGGAGAAUUAGAUAAAUUAUUAGGAGGCGGCCUUGAAACAGGCGCAUUAACUGAGCUUUUUGGUGAGUUCCGAACAGGAAAAACUCAAUUGUGCCAUACUCUUGCAGUUACAGCUCAGCUACCCACUUCUCAUGGUGGAGCUGCAGGUAAAGUGAUUUAUAUUGAUACAGAAGGGACUUUCCGUCCUGACCGUAUAGAAUCAAUUGCAAGAAGAUUUGGACUUGAUCCUCAGACUACAUUAGAUAACAUUGGCUACGCCCGUGCUUUCAAUUCUGAUCAUCAAUUACAAUUGCUUAUACAAGCAGCUGCUAUAAUGGCUGAAAGCCAUUAUUCUUUAUUAAUUGUUGACUCUGCCACUGCUUUAUAUAGAACAGAUUAUACAGGCAGAGGAGAGCUUGCAGCAAGACAAAACCAUUUAGGAAGAUUUCUUAGAAAUCUUCAAAGAUUAGCUGACGAGUUUGGAGUGGCGGUUCUCAUUACCAAUCAAGUUGUCGCUCAAGUAGAUGGCGGGGCGAUGUUCCAAGCAGAUUCUAAAAAGCCAAUUGGUGGACAUAUAAUGGCCCAUGCAUCUACUGUAAGACUUUCUCUGAGAAAAGGAAGAGGUGAAAGCAGGGUAAUGAAAGUUUAUGAUUCGCCAAAUUUGCCUGAAGCAGAGUCGCCAUAUAUGAUUACAGAAGGAGGGAUUGCUGACUAUACUGAGUAA